AUGGGAGAGCUUCUACUAAUCAUGCUAGCUUUCAUCAUAUUCAGCAAGAGUAUUGGAUGUUCUGAAGCUGCAGGGUGUAUAGAGAGGGAAAGACAAGCUCUUCUCAGCUUUAAACAUGGCAUUUUGGAUAAAGGUAACUUUCUAUCCUCCUGGACAAGCUCCAGUAAUGAAGAUUGUUGCAAAUGGAUUGGGAUCAAGUGCGAUAACAAAACCGGUCAUGUUAUUACUCUUGAUCUCUCUCCAGUUACAUUCCUAAAUCAUCCAAAUUUUGGCAAUGAAAUUGGGUCUUCGUUACUUGAGUUACAAUAUUUGAAGCACUUGGAUCUUAGUGUUAAUAAUUUUACUAGGAUACCAAACUUCAUUGGUUCUUUCACCAGUCUCAACUAUCUCAACCUUUCAUAUAAUUACAUUGUUGGUACAAUUCCUUCCCGGAUAGGGAAUCUCACUAAGUUGCGUGUCCUUGAUCUUCGUGGUUCUAUUCUAAUGAUUGAAAGCCUUCAUUGGCUUCCUCAUCUCUCUUCUUUGAGAAUCCUCAGAUUUGAGGAUACCAAUUUCACCAAAGCUGUGGAUUGGCUUCAGUCCAUUAAAUUGGCCUCCUCCUUGUCAAGCUUAGAGUUGAGUUAUUGUGAAUUUCCCAGGUUAAACACUUCAUUUCUCUCCCAUAUGAAUUCUUCAAAUUCUCUAAAAUAUCUUUCUGUAUCUGGAUACGGAAUCCAUCCAACAAUAAUUCCUUGGCUGCUGAAUGUGAGUUUGAAUCUAGUUAAUCUUACCCUAAAUCUCAAUUAUGAUUUAAGAGGGCUCCUUCCGAAUUCUUUUGCGAAUAUGAGCUCUCUUGAACAUAUUGAUUUGUCUCAUAAUUCACUCCAAGGUGGAUUACCAAAAUCAUUGGGAAACCUUUGCAACCUGAAAGUGUUGUUGUUGAAUGAUAACGAACUUAAUGGAACACUUAAUGAUCAUUUAGGAAACUUGAGUCGCUGUGUGAGAAAGUCGGUAGAGAUUUUGAAUUUGAGUGAUAACCAACUUGGAGGGUCAGUUCCUGAUAUGGAAGCAUUCCCAUCUCUGCGGGAACUGUAUUUGGCUGAUAAUCAGUUGGAGGGUCAUUUCCCAUUUAGCCUAAGCCAAAUUCAAAAGCUUGCUGUCCUGCACUUACACCACAACCUACUCACUGGGUCAUUGCCUGAUCUUUCAAAACUUUCCUUCCUGAGAGAGUUAAGGGUAGGUCAAAAUAAGUUAAACGGUAGUCUACCAGAAAGUAUUGGUCAGCUUUCUAACUUGGAGAUCUUGGAUAUUUCUUCAAAUUAUUUUACUGGGAUAGUCUCCAAAUCCCACCUGCAAAAUCUUUUGAAACUGCAGAUAUUGGACUUAUCCUUCAACUCUUUAACAUUGAAUUUCGAGUCCAAUGGGAUUCUCCCUAGAACAUUAUAUAUCUUAAAAUUGAAUUCCUGCAAAAUGGGCCCUCGGUUUCCUAGCUGGCUUCGAACUCAACUGAAUUUGAGCUACCUUGAUAUCUCUGAUGCCGGUAUUUCUGAUGUUAUCCCUGACUGGUUUUAUCCUAUGGCUUCUAAAUUAGUGUACUUAAAUCUAUCUUUCAACCAUGUCAAUGGCACCCUGCAAAAUUUUCCUGCUCCAUUAUCUACAAUCGAUUUGAGUUCCAACCUAUUUCAGGGUACAAUUCCAGUUUCACUUUCCAAUGCACAAUUUAUAAAUCUCUCCCACAAUAAAUUUACAAGAUUCAGAUCGUUCGUCUGUAGUCUAACAGAUAUGAUAGAAUUCCUCGACAUCUCUUAUAAUAUGCUAACUGGAAGGUUUCCUGAUUGUCGGAUGGAUUGGAGAGUACUAUGCAUUCUAAAUUUGGAAAGCAAUAAUUUAUCGGGAAUACUCCCUAGCUCCUUGUCUUCACUGUAUAGUAUCCAAACUUUGCGUUUGAGCAACAAUAGCUUCUCUGGUAUCAUUCCAUUGUUGCAGAAUUGUUCCAAUUUGCAAUUUUUAGAUCUUGGCAACAACAAGUUGAGUGGAAGCAUACCCACAUGGAUUGGUCAAAGCCUUAAAAUCCUGGAAGUCCUUCGUCUAAAAUCAAACAAACUCAAUGGACGCAUGCCUUCGAAUCUAUGUAGUCUUUCUUAUCUUAAGAUAUUGGAUCUCUCUCUGAAUCAUAUAUCAGGAGAAAUUCCACCAUGCAUUCAAAAUUUGACUUCCAUGGCUUACAAUGAACAACUAUAUCCAGAUGAUAUAUAUCUUCUAGCUUUCCCAAUUCCUUCUAGCUUCGGAUAUGAGAUGUUUGAAAUAAGUUCUGCAGACAAGGCCAAGCUCAUGUGGAAGGGAAUAGAGUAUCCAUAUGAAAAAAUUCCCGAACAGCUAAAAAUGAUUGAUCUAUCAUGUAAUGCAUUGGUUGGAGAAAUCCCUCGAGGAUUGACAAAUCUUGUAGCGUUGGUUCAACUAAACCUUUCAAGGAAUAGUUUGAAUGGAACUAUCCCUAAGAAGAUUGGACAACUGCAUCGGCUAGAAUCCUUGGACUUGUCCCACAACCAGCUUUCUGAAGAAAUUCCUUCAAGCUUGACCAAUAUAUCUUCUCUUUCUGUCAUGGACUUGUCAUAUAAUCAGUUAUCUGGGAGAAUACCUACAGGCACUCAACUCCAAAGCUUUAAUGCUUCUUCAUAUGAAGAAAACAGAGGACUAUGUGGGCCUCCUUUGACAAGUAUGUGCCCUGGAGAUGAAACAUCACAUCCUCCUUCACACUCAGCUGGUGGUAAAAGUGAUUUUGAAGAUGGUGGAUUGUGGUUUGACGUGUUGUGGUUUUAUAUAGGUAUUGGAAUUGGAUUCAAUUUUGCAUUUUGGGGUGUUUGUGGGACUUUGUUAAUAAACACUUCAUGGAGAAGGACAUAUUUUGGGUUCUUAAGUAACUUCAGAGAUUUUUUAUAUGUGACAAUUAGCAUUAAAUGGAAUAAACUGAAGAGAAGGAUUCAAGGAUAGCAGCUCUUGGUUCAUAGUUUAUCUCCAGAGAAUAGAUCGUAAAGAGUUGAGACCAAAUCUUCUUUGCUUGUAGAGUUGUUGCAGUGUGUUAAGUAUAGUGGCAAAGUUACUACUCCUGGAGAAGGGAUCCAAAUCCAAGUGGCUCAAACAAUUGGAAAAUUGGAAAUUUACUCUUUUAAGCUUUGAUUGUGGCUUUUUUUUUUUUUACUUUUUUUUCUUAUUUUUUUUAUUUUGCUUGUCAGCAGUCAACGGUAAUUCUCUUGUAUGUGGCCUGAACUUUAGUUGUUUUGGCACUUUGAUCUUUGAAAUGAAAACGUUGUUAUUUGAAUAAUCCUUAAAUUUGAGUUAUUUGUCAUAUAAUAUUUA